AUGAAUAAUGAUAAAUCAGUUAGUAAGAGCACUCCAGGCAGCCCAUGGUUCAGUACGCCAGACGCUGUGCCAGCUAAAAAUUUAAAAGAAAUUGAGUUAUCAUUAUCUUCAAUUUCGGAUUCGUCUUCACAUAAACGAAGAAGACUUCGGUUUCUUGCCUCAAAUUAUACGAAUCGUGAUCGCGGUGAGGAAAGCAAUGAAGUUAAUGGUUAUACGAUUCCAUCUGUUCAACAAGGCCUAGAACUAUUUCCAGGGGAUCAAGAGCAUGAUGAGGAGCAGAGUUCUUCACAAGAAGUUCCUCCACUCUAUACGACUCUAUCAAGAGAAACAUCCUCUGAGAUUGAACUUAUGAGACAAAGUCAUCCGAAGAAUUAUAGUCGUGCCCAGCCUAAUCCAUCAACGAGGAAUUUUUUUGAUAGAGAAAUGAGUCCUGAGCUUUCAACUUAUCAAAUUAGAGAAUCUCCUGAAAAGAUUAAUAAAAAAAGAUUUGCUAAAGGAGCAUUGUAUUCUUUGCAUAUGCCGCUGGGAUGGAUGGCGGUCCACGGGAUUGAUGAAGAAAUUUGGGAGGAACUCCCACAAGGGUACCCUUAG